AUGGGUUUCUACGAACGUAUCUAUAACGACAAGAAAGACGUCAGUCGCAUCGGUUACACCGACAUCACUGAAGUCACGGAGAAGAUUGAGCAUUUGAACAGUACCAAGACCAGAGAUGGUGGAGCUGUUGAGUUGGGUGAUGGAUGGAUCACCGUUGACCGUAAGUCACCCUUGAGCUUCUCAGUAGCAGGCUUCAGAUCCAGGAACUAG